AAAAAAAAGUGGCACAUAAAUGUUUGUUGCUAAUACUUUUUUCCCCUAUGACACUGAAGACUGAACUCAAGGCUUCACACUUGCUAGCUUCCGCGGCUUAGCCCCAGCCGCCGGAUUCCCAGCUGGAACCCGAGUCCCGGCGUUGGCAGGCGCGGCGCCGUGGCCCGAAUUGGGGACCGGAGUCGGGGCAGGAUCCUGACCCGAGGCGACGAGCUCUGCGACCCUGCGAGAUGGACGGGACAGAAGGUAAUGCCGGGCAGUCCAGCACUGCUGAGCGGUCCCACCGAAGCAGCGUGUCCUCCGUGGGAGCCCGAGCAGCUGAUGUGCUAGUAUACCUAGCUGAUGACACAGUAGUGCCCCUGGCUGUGGAGAACCUGCCCACGCUCAGUGCCCAUGAGCUGCACCGCUCAAUCUGUGAGGUCCUGCAGCUCCCAGACAUCGCCCUGGAGGCCUUCGCACUCUGGCUGGUCUCCCCUCUGCUGGAGGUGCAGCUGAAGCCCAAGCACCAGCCCUACAAGCUGGGCCGCCAGUGGCCAGAGCUGCUGCUACGCUUCACUGACGCCCCGGAUGACGACGUGGCCAUGGAUGAGCCUUCCCUACAGUUCCGAAGGAACGUGUUCUUCCCAAGGCGGCAGGAGCUCCAGAUCCACGAGGAAGAGGUCCUUCGGCUGCUCUAUGAGGAGGCUAAGGCCAAUGUGCUGGCCGCUCGGUACCCAUGUGACGUGGAGGACUGCGAGGUGCUGGGUGCUCUGGUGUGCCGUGUGCAGCUUGGGCCCUACCAGCCUGGCCAGCCUGCGGCCUGUACCCUGAGGGAGAAGUUAAACUCCUUCCUCCCAGCCCACCUCUGCAAGCGGAGCCAUGGCCUUUUUGCUGCCCUCCGGGGCCGCGGAGCCAAAGCUGGGACGGGUGAGCAGGGCCUGCUAAACGCGUACCGCCAGGUGAAGGAAACAAUUGGUAACAGCAGCGAGCAUGAGGCCACGCUGGGCUCCCAUUACCGUGCCUACCUCCUCAAGUGCCACGAGUUGCCCUUCUAUGGGUGUGCCUUCUUCCACGGCGAGAUUGACAAGCCAGCCCAGGGCUUUUUGCACCGGGGUGGGCGCAAGCCGGUGACCGUGGCCAUCAGUCUGGAGGGUGUGCAUGUUAUUGACAGCAGGGAGAAGCAUGUCCUGCUGGGCUUGCGCUUCCAGGAGCUGUCAUGGGACCACACCUCCCCCGAGGAAGAGGAGCCUGUCCUGUGGCUGGAGUUCGAUGGGGACAGCGAGGGCGUGCCUGUCAACAAGCUGCUCAGGGUCUACUCCAAGCAGGCUGAGCUGAUGAGCGGCCUCAUCGAGUACUGCAUUGAGCUGAGCCAGGCUGCAGAGCCCGCCGCCCCCCAGGACAGAGCCCCUGGCGCCCAUUCAGCCCAUGACUCCUCACUGCCUCCCACCCAGCGCCCCAAGCUGCGGAGGCAGUGCAGCGUGGUGUGCAGCCGGAUCCAGCAUCUCUCCACCAUCGACUAUGUGGAAGACGGCAAGGGGAUCAAGCGAGUGAAGCCAAAGCGCAGCACAUCCUUCUUCAGCCGGCAGCUCUCCAUGGGCCAGGGUAGCUACACCGUGGUGCAGCCCACCGACAGCCUGGAGCAGGGCUGAGACUGGUCACACCGGGCACCAUUUUCCCAGGCCAGGCCAGUCUGCAUUAGUCUUUGAUGCUGUGGGCAGAGGGCCUCCUUGGCUGUGUGGGGUGUGUGGAUCCUUCAGACCACAGAGAAGUGACUUCCACACAGUGCCUGGACUGUGUGGAGCUGGUCUUCAAGCCUGACCACCCUUCCCUGGACUCUGAACCCAGCUGCUCCCUCCUUCCCAAAAACACACCUUCGUACCCAUCUCUAGGUGAGUGGUGUCCUCUGCUCUGCAGGGACUGCUAGCAGCAGUUCCAGUGGCAAGAAGCUGAGGGCCAGAGCCCAGGCUCUGCAGGUUCAACAUGAGCCUUUGAUCUUCUGGACUUUGGUGACCACAUAUCUCAUUCCUUCUGCUGGCAUUCCACCCACACUGCUGGGGCAGGCUGUCACUCUGAAGUGGGGAGGGUUUCCCUGGAUUGAGCCAUGCAGAAAAGGCACCAUCCCUCCUGGGCAGCACUGGGACUGGAGGAAGCCAGGCGAGGGCUCCUUGCCCAGAUCUCCUGCAGACCCGAGACACUGAGCAGAAGGAAAGUGCCUUUUUGUUAGCCUUUGGUGAUGUCCCUGUGCUGGAGGUGGUUGUCCUGUGGACCAGCAGACGCUCUACCCCCCAAGCCCCCCCUCCCUGCCCCCUAGUACUCCACACUGGUAAAAGCUCCUGGAAAUCCCUUCUCUCUCUUGGCCCAAGUGGCUCCCCUCAGCCGGUACACCCCGACCUGCCCUUGUCCCAUGUGCUUGGUCUGGGGCCUAGCUUUGGUCUUUUUUCAACUGUCCUAGCUUGAUGAGCCUGUGACCUCUGGCAACUCAAGGAGACACCAUUGUUAACCUCAGAGCACAACACUGUGAGGUUCUCUGAGCUGGUCUCUAUCUCCCAAGGAUGUUCAAAAGGAGGCUUGUUUGUGGGUGCGUGGCCUUGCCCUUCCCCAGAGGAGCCAGGCACAAGAGGAGGGCUUUCCAGGCUCUUGGGGCUCUCUGUGGUGGGAACAUGGCUCUUACGGUGCUUCCUGGGACUUGCCUUAGGAAGGCAGGCCUUCUCGGUGGCAAGCCAUGGAAGUGCAACCCUUUCACACUCCAAAUGUAAGAGCUCUUCACUUACCUUGAUAACUUGUGAGCUCCUGCAGCCAGAACCAUGUUGUCAUAAGUAAGUGGAAAGGAUUGGCUUGAGAGGUGUCCCCAGCCUUUUGGAAUGUCCGAGCUGCAGGGGAUAUCAGCUGCCAGCCCACUGGUUAUCUCAGACCCCUGACUGCUGACUCCUGGUACGUUCUUCUCUGAUGGGCCAUAGGCACGUGGGGUGUGUGUGAGUGUGUACACAGAUGACGAGCUUCCACUCUUCAGGCUCCUACUGGUGUUUUCUAAAUACCCAUUGUGCCUUAUCCUUCUCUGGCUGCCCUUUGAGACAUAGCACUAUUUCACUACAUGUCCUUUGAAUGUUCUCUUUCUUUUAUAUCAUGUGACUUGUUAAUAAAAUCAGUUUCUAGCAAA